GCUAGCCGUUGGGCUAGGAUGGCUAAAUUCUCGUACUACCGAUUGAGGGGCGAUCGAAAGUUUACAAUAAGCAGAUUCACUAACACCAUUGCUGGUACAAGUCUCAAGCUGCAUAAAAAAUGGGUUCAAGAAUACGGGACUCGCCGUCGAAAAUAAUUGAAUGCUUCUGCGAAGUUGUUAUACCGAGGAAUGGCAACGAAAGUGCAUGGAUUGUGCAGAAAUUUCCGGAUUCUUAUAACAAUGACGAGGUGUUAAAAUCUGUACCAGAGUUUGCCUACCCUUGUGAAUUUACCAGUACUGCAGUGCAGCACUUCAGCUUUGUGUUGACGAGCAUCGACAGCAAAUGGACGUUCGGCUAUUGUCGUCAUGCUCCCAACUCUCAAACCUGCUUUGUGCUUCUAAGCUACUUGCCCUGGCAUGAAACAUUCUACAAGGUGCUCAACCAGAUCGCAGAACUAGCCAACAAAGAAGAUUCUAGUCUGAUGGGUCACUUCUUGGAAUCUCUCUAUAACACACCGGUUCCCGAACCUGGGUUUCAGCUAAAGGUUGUGUACGACACGGAUAAAAAUCCAUUUCAGUGUGCCUGUUCAGAUCAUACAAAGUUGCCAAGCAUUCCUGAAAAUAGAAAUCUGACGGAAUACUUCAACGCGGUUGAUGCAACAAAUAUGAUUGUGUUGUUUGCAAGCAUGCUACAUGAGCGAAGAAUUUUGAUCACCUCAAGACGCCUCAGCAGGCUAAGUGCCUGUGUUCAGGCAGCGAAUGCUCUUAUUUAUCCCAUGGAGUGGCAGCACAUAUAUAUCCCUGUUCUUCCCAAUCAUCUUCUUGAUUACCUCAGUGCUCCAAUGCCAUUUCUUAUUGGUGUUCCUGCAGUUACACUAGCAAGGGUGUCUAAAACUGAGCUCGGUGAAGUGGUUAUCCUGGAUGUUGACAACAACAAGGUUGAAACCCCCUUCAAGGAUGUGGAAACACUUCCAAGUGAAAUUGUGAUGCCACUGAAGCGCAGUCUGCGCACACAUCACCAGACACUGGGUGAUGGUGUGUCACAGGCAUUCCUUCGUGCACUAGUGGCCCUGAUGGGUGGCUACCGGGAAGCCGUUCGCAUGGAGGUGGGCCAGCGAAUUACGUUUGACCCUGACCGCUUCCUGCAGUCACGUCCUGCCAGCCUUCGACCCUUUUUAGAACGCAUGCUGCAGCUCCAGAUUUUUCAUCAGUUUAUUGAAGGCAGAUUGCAGAUUCUCAACUCCUGUGAGGUCCACAACGACAUAUUUGAGCUGGAGGUGAACAUGUUUGAUGACAGCUCCAACAAGCAGUUUAAGCAGCAUUACAAGUACUGGUUGGCAAACAUGAAGAAAGAAGGUGGUGCAUUGCUGAAGUCCAUGAAGAGCAAGGCGAACCCAGCUGUCCGCAAUGCCUACAAGAAUGUUAAAGACAAGGGCAGGAAAGCCUACACAAAUAUUCAAGGAAAGAUUGCUAACAUGCAAAAGGGUACCCAGGAUGACAUGGCAUUGUCUAGGAGAGAUAGCAGUCAGCCCUGGAGUGCUCCAGCCAGUCCAACAAUGGGACGCGUGAGACCUGCUACAACAUUUCAACCCAUGCAUCGUAACACCACAGGCCUGGUUUCUCCACUGAAAACGUCGGCCUUAGAGACAAGUGCUAGGACACCUGUCAAGAGUCCCACUGAACCGAGCCUUGAUGUGGUAGCUGAACUGUCGGAGGACACUGGUUCUAGUGGCUCGUUCCAGCGCAUUGACAUGGACCUCAUGGGAGACUUGCAAGAGAUUUUCAGCCGUUGCAGCACCACGAACCUGCAGGUCCAGCCGAGCCAAGUGAACCAGUUCGUCUCACCACAGGCACCACCAGAAAAACAGGCAUUCAGUGACCCAUCACUGCAUAAAGUGCCUUUGGCCCCACCUCCAAGAAAAGCAGCAAGGAACACCAGCCGACCUUCACCAUCUUCAGAUGCACCACUGAUUCGUCUGGAUUCCCAGGAGAAUGAUGAUGAAAUUGCCAACCACCAACCUCCAGCGCCUGCUAAAGGAGUUUCUGUGUUGCCACCGCUUCCGGCACAUCUGGUGCACACAACUAAGCCAGCAGUACAAGCAGUACAACCAGGAAGGCAGACGGUGCAGCCACUGGUAUCUGCAGUACAGCCAGCAAUCCCGAUGAUACCACCAAGGGGGCAGGCAGCUUCAAAUCAGUUGCCAUUGGCUGCAAAUGCUGCUGCAUUUGCAACUCAUUCAUAUGCUCCAUCACCCUAUUCAAAUCUGCAGAGACGAUUCCAAGCUGUACCUUACAUGGGAGCUCCACACCCAUCUUUUGCAACAAACCCAUUUCUUCGUAUGCCUUGGACUCCACCAGUGACACCACCAGUGACACCACCAGUCACAUCACGUCCUCCCAUGGUUCCAGUUUCACAGCCAGCACCAUCUCCGGUGUUCCCCAAACAGCAGGACCCUUUUGCUGACCUCAUUGACCUUUGACUGUGCUAAUUGUGAGGAGGCACUAUGGCCAUACAAAUGCUUCAACGCUUCCUAUUUAUUUUCGUUUAAAUGACAUAGGCAUAAAUACUUGUGUAAAUAUUAGCCUCCGAGAGGAAGAACUUGGAAAGUGUGGAGGACUGAGGUAUGAGGGGUAGGCAUCAACAUGUGGAGCUUUUAAUUUUUGAGUGUCAUGCAGUGAUAUAGCGUGACGAGUUUAUCAAGUUCUUGUUACUCAGAGUGGGCUCUCUACACGGAUACUGGGCAGACACUUUGUAAAGAGUUGAAAAUGUGUGUGUGUGUGGGUGUUUUCCCCUAUCUUUGUAUGUACAGCUUUUAUCUUGGUAUAAUCCCUAGAAAAUAUGGCCUUCAGUGCUGUCACUUAGUUGACAUCUGCUUUUGCAAUGGUAUUGCCAGUAAAAGUUCUGUGAUAAUCUGAUGCAGUGUUCAUCGUAGAAUUUGCCAACACUAUGCUUAGCACAAGCAUAGGCGCUUCACUUAGUCUUGAUUUUAGAAAGCAGUGCAAGCUACUUGGUAGGGGAAAGAAAGGCUUGAAAAUAAAAUGCAAGUGUUCACAAAUAUGUAGAGUGAAAGUCACAAGAAAAAACACUAUUAAAUUUUAGAAUAUCAUUGUUUUGUUUGAAACUCAAUCUAAUGCAAAGUAAAAGAAAACACACGCAUAUGGAUGAAAAAGUAAUGUUAGAGACUGCAUAGGAAUGUGCAUACUUUUAUGCCAUGCUUUGAGAUAUCUAGUUUGGGCAAAAGAUUUUAAUGUAGAUUCAAUGCAUAUAUUUUCUGUGGAUUGUGUGACUGCAGAAAAAUGGGCCUAGAUAACUCCAUAAUAGUUACUCAGCGAAAAGGUAGCUUUCUUUAGAGCAGAAUUUAUGCUGUAUCAAACAAACAGUAUUCUUUUGCUCAUUGUAACUUGUGUAUUGGUUGGUAAUUGCUACAAGACUACAAAGCAUAUUGCUUGUAAUGUGAGAAGUGUAUGAUUGCCCAAUGCCUCUCAAAUUUUGAUCGUGAUAAUACCGACCAGUUUAGUUAUAACAAGUGUAUUUUUGUAAAUUUCCUUGGUGCCCAUGGGCUGCACUUAACAAGCCUAGUAUCACUUUGUACUUGUAUGGUCCUUGAGAGAGAGAGAGAAAAAAAAACCUCUACAAAUACUACUUUUAAAUAAAAAAGUUCAAGGGCUGGCCGCAGUAGGAUAUAGUCAUGAAUUAUUCGGGAAUUCACUAUGCACUUAGCACCAGGCAGAUGUGCACUUGCUGUUCUGUAGUUAUGUGCACACAGAUUUACAGUGUAGCUGGGCAAUAAAAGAAGUGGCAAGGCAGUAGCAGUGAGCCAAAACAUUUUUCUCAUGUGCACCUGUUGAAUCAUGGCCAAGUCCUAAAGACUAGGCUUUCUAUGAUUGUGAGAAAAGCUGGGGCCUCAAUUACUACUCCCAGCACAUAAUGAUAUCGAAGUUAACAAAUCUUCCAGACUACUAGAAGGCUUCCUGGAGAGGCAGAGAAGCGGGUAGGAGGAAGGGUACAUGAAGGGUAUACCAAGGUGCAGUGUUCAGGAAUUAAACUACUUUGUGGCUUGGCUUCAGUGUUUAGCUUUUCCUUCUGUACACAAUGUCAUUGGCACAGAUAGAGGGUUCAGGAGAGUUGGGGUUGGGGGACUCACUAAAAAGAGCAUCAUUUGCGGGUGUAAGCAUUGCAUUUAUUUCCAUUGUAGUGCAAGAUAACAUGAUUGCAUGACUGACUGGUGGAAUGGUCUCUCAGCUCCCUCUUUUGUCGUAAACAGGCAGGCACCUAUGCUUUCUCAGUGCCAGCAGCCUAAUUGCAGCCUUGUGUUGUACAUGUAUUGUUUACAAUGUAGCAGAGUUGCAUUGCAUGUUUCCUGGGAGCAUUCGGUGCUACUGCCUCCAUUCUGAUGCACUGUAGAUGCAGGCUGGCCCUACAGGUGCCAAGCCAGGCACAGCAGAGGGACAAAACACAGUGCCAUUGGGACAGUGGUACUGCAGCCGUAAAAGUGAUACCAUGUGCCACCUUAAUUUGCACAUCUUGUCACUUUAGCCAUGACCACCUUCGUGGUUCAUACACGAAAUGUGCUGUUUUGCUUACACUUAUCUGUUGUGCAGCAACCAUCUGCUGCAUUUGAGAAGCCAGUGAGAGCUCUAACAUAACCUUGUGCAACUCUUACAAUUUAUUUUACAGUGUAUGCUGUGGCCCAUCCUUGAUUUUUUUUUUUUUUUUUUUAACUGCAGCAGUGUAUCAUUAAUAAAUGGGAUUACACUCAAAUGUGUAAGCAUGGCCCACAUAGCUGCCAGUGCCGCAGUGUGUUGCUGUUGGGUCUAAGUAAUCAGCAGAAGCGUGCGUGUGCAGCUAUCAACAGCAAAUGUAAUGGCUCACUUCUCCAGGUGCUAUGUUGCAGCUGCAGCCAUUACAUCCACUUUAGCAUGCAGGCUUGGUGUGCAGUUCUGUACCCACUGGCCAUUGCUCUAUGGUGCUGGCUGCAAUGUAAUCCACAUGAACAUUUGGGUUGAGUCUGACAGCAGAAGUAUGAAGAAAUCAGUUGAGAGCCAUGUCAGGAUAUGCAGUGUUGAAUCUUUGAGAAAAUGCAACCAAUUUGAAGUUCACAGGUGGAACUAUAUUUGCUCAAAGCCAUGCGAGAUCUUUUCACUUUGAGCUUUCAUAAUGAGACAAUAUACCAUGGGUUUCUGUGACAACUGUCUCAUUUUAUGAAAAAUAGGGAAUUCAAGAUAAUUCUUGCUGGCUAAUCUUUGUACCAGUGGAGGAUGUCACAAUGUUCACAAUAAUCACCAGUAUGAUUACUAACAAUGUUUCCCUAUUAUCUUUUUAAUUAUUGACUGUAGAGGGCAUGUUAUAAAUACAGCAUUGAAGUCAGUCAGUACUUACCAUCAAGGCAUAACCAUUUGCUGGAAACCUUGUAUUUCUCAAAACUGGUUCUAAGCACUGGCUCAAAAUAUGCUGUGAAAUGCCCUGCUGUUCCAGCUAAGUUUUUCAUACUGCAAUUUUCCACAGUGUGGAAGCAUAUUAACUGCAACAGCAGUGCAGAUUUUGAGUACUUAUCAAAACUGGUGCCAAGGUAGAGAGUUUCUGGCAGAAGGGUAAUGUAAAACUUAAUUGAAGAAACUUUUUUAAUUAUUUAUAAUAUUGGUAAUCGUCACAUUUAUUAUGAUAUUUGGUGCUGUAUAAAGCUUUGUAAAUAAAAUUAUCAUUAAAAAAAAACUUGUUGCUGAGCUAGUUGGUUCAUGACUUAAAAACAAAAGUUACGGCGCUAAGCAGACAAUGACGAAGUGGGACACAGCCGCCCAUAUCCCGUACAUGGCACCCGUAUAUGUUGUUUGUGACUCACUUCGUCCUUGCCUGCUUAUAGCUGUAACCUUUGCUUUUAAGAAAAGUAUAAUUUUGUCACGAAUUCCCUGUUUUUAAUAAUCUGGGACCAUGCCUGCAUAAACAUGCAGUAUGUAACUUCUAAGGGUUGUUUUGCUACCUCUGCAAGUUUACAAGUCACAAGUGAAAUUUAUGAGCCGGACAGUAAGAAUGCAGUCAUGGUGGUGCAAUAGUGUAACUACAACGUAUGCCAGUGCCACAUUUGUGCUUGAGUCAUCUUGUGGCCAUUGCUUAUUUACCAUAAUUCUAUCACCAUUUCAGAGUUGUCUCAACAGUGAUAUGGAAACAAGCUGUUGAUGAAGGAGCUUAAGUUCAUUAAUGGUGUCAUGAAAAGAGGUUCUUCGCUGUACUAGUGAGUUCAUGCUGGUAGCCUCCCCAACGCUCUGUGCUAGUGAAUAGCAUAGCAUCAGUGGCAUGGUCAGCAUGGCCGACUAAGUUGGCAGAGCUGGGGUUCACUUAAAAAUGGGCAGACACUCUGGCAUGUCAUUUAAAAUGCAAGACAAUGAAGUGUUUGAAAAUUUCAUUUACGGAAUAUUUUGAAUGGUAAAAUUUCAGUAACUUUCAAAGCCUGACCUCUGAAAUCAAGUUUAAGUUUUCUUUCUUUGUCACAGUGGCCUUGUUUUAGAAGGCUACAUGUGGUUGUUGUGAAAGUGCGUGCAAGGAAAGUUUUAGUUAUCUGCUGUAGAGUUGGGAAGAUUAGUCCUUGGUUGCAACUAGACACGGAGUGAGAAAUCUGGGUGAGACUGCUGUGUAUAGAAUACUAUGAAAUAUUUUUAAGAAUCUGUUGAUUUCAGUGAGCAGUCUUUUCCAUAUUUAUCACCCUCUUUAUCUCCAGCCAACCAGCACAACUUGCGUGAAAUUUGUGUCUUGUGUAUAUUGCGAAAACUGUAGCACAAAAUAUUUCCGUUCUGGUUUGAGUGUUCAUUAUGCACGGCCCAACAUGAUGUGUGCCAAGCAAAGGUCGUAUUCUCCUUGUAGAUAUGAUAGAAUGCGACUGUUGAAUAUUUCUCAGAAAGUUGGCUCUAGUGAAGUAUAUCGGAGCUGUAGUUCACUGUAGUUAACAGUACAAAGCAAAACGCUUGCCAGCAUUGCUAUCUGCAGCAGUAGCUGUGGGUUUAACUGUCAUGCAUUCAUCAACAUUGUGCGACAUUGUUCUUUAAGCAGCAUACUUGUUUUUUGUGCAGUAUAUUUGAACCUUAAGCAGCUUAUCUGCAUGCUUUAUGUACAUUGCAUGCAAGGAUGUUGGAUGGCACACACAGGCGACAGUGUGAAUAUGUUGCUAAAACAUGUAGCCUUUUGUGUGUUGCAUAAUCUGAUUUUCGCGACUGGAAGCUGUCGUUUGCUCCAAUCGAAAAACUUCAGUGAGAUAUAGUAUUGAGCAUCAGGUAUCGCGCGAGUAAGACGUGACAAAAGGGCCACUGGCUUUGUAAUUUGUACUUUGGGAAAAAGAAAUUUCACUGCUGUUUUUGCCUAUCAUAGUUAUGGACACUGUCAUGGGGAGGGACAGAGGCGGUUGAUAAUAUCCAAGUUACAGUGAUGGUGAAAAAAAAAAUGAUGCAGUGUAAGUGUGUAGGUGCAUGCCUUGUUUGUUUAUUUAAUGCAAAUGCUAACCACACUCGCAGCUUUCUAGCAUCAUCAAAUAAUUUUUUCUUCAAAGGGAGGGGUGUACAUUUUCAGGUAUGUUGCACAAAUUUGGUUUAAGGAUUCAUGAAUCUUUUACUCUUGCCAUUUCAAAAUUAGUUUCUUUAUUCUCACUUGACUCCUAGAUCAGAGUGUGACUUCACACGUUUGUAUUACAUAGCUAUAGUAAUUAAUAGCAUGUGCAAGUGCAACUACUACUCAAAGUUCAUGAGACACUUAAAGACUGUUCUGUCCACAGUAGCUGCAGCUAGAUAAAAUAGCAGUUGUGUAGAAUAAGUAUUUUUGUAAUUUUAUGUCUAAAUCAUCAAAUAUGUAGUUGCAACAUAAAUUGUGCUUAGGACAUCUUACAGAUCACCUAUUAAUGUUUUAUUUCUACCGAUUGGUAUGGCUGGGUCUCUUAUCAUGCAUGCAAGCUGAUAUUCAUGGAGUGAUUUAGUUCUUGCUACUGAAACACUGAAAAAAUAACGAUGCUGUGACCCCCCCCCCCCCCCGCCUUUCUUUUCUAGUUGUUGCAGCUAGGCUUUUAGUGUUUAGCAACUACGGCAUCUGUAAAAAUGCCUUGCAACAGAUCACUGUGUGCUGCUGUCCUUUUGCUCAUUCUUAAAACAGGUGGUACUCUAAAUGACUUAAUUUUUAUGGCAUCUUAAUUUUGCAAAUGGUCUGCAAUCCUCAAUAAAUUGGUCUUUCAAACAGUUCUUGGGACUUGCUUGCAGCAUAGUUUCUCUUGAGCACCACAGCCACCUUACUGAUUUUUUUUUUUCUAAUAUUGCCAAUUAUUUCUAAAAAUGGCAAGAAACCAAGCUUGACAGAAAAUGAAGUCAUUUGCAGUAUACUGACACUGAAUCAUUUGGUGCUACUUUGUCACAGAUGUACUUUCUUUUAUACUGUGUUUCAAAGUGAAAGUAAAACGUUUGUGUUCUGCUAUGUAUAUGUGGUACCCCAGUCAGACUGGCAAAUUUAGUGCCACUUCGAAUGCACUGCACAUCACUGAGCAUAAUUUUGGCACCUCAGUGCUACACAGGAAAACAAUGUCAUUUGGAAUUUAUGGCAGCGGAGUUCUAUCGAAAGCAUUUGAAAGGAUCAUUAAUAUUUGGAAAGUAGUUAUUAAUGCUGCUUUUAAUCAUUAUGAAAAAAAACAACAUAAGAAACUGCUUGAACCGCAACACUAUAUAGCCCACCUGGGGAAAUUUCUGAUUUGCUGUACUAAUAAAUGUCAGGCAAGGAUGUGACAGCAGCAGCCACUGCAGUUGAACGUCGUAAGCAUAACGCACUUGUUAGGGUUAAUUGAAACAAACAGUUGGAAUGAUUUACUUGUAUAACAAAUACCAAACUAACAAAACAAAAAAGAAUACCAAUGCUGUGCUAUUUUUGCUCUCUUACAACUGCUGUUGUUGCUGUUGCUCACAACUGCUGUUGCUCUCCAUUAACAUCAAGUGACAAUUGUUCAUAUCGAGACUAAAUUUGCCAUUCUGAGAGGUACAAAUCUGUUUUGCCACAUAUGUAGUCGCUGCAUCACCCUGAAGAGGUGUAGCUUCUAGCCUGUCACAAAUACUCCUCGGAGAAAAAGUGAUGUAUGAUUGUUGAUGUUGUCACUGCUCAUAUGGAAGCAUGGACGUCAGUGAAAUCUAUAAAAAUUUGAAGUGUGUUAGGUGCCACGAGGUCAAAGUAGAAUUUUUGUGCAUUGUUAUUGAUAUUUCUUGGUGGAUUUUGUUCUUAAGGCAGACAUACUAUUUAAGAUUGAGCACGUGGAUCAUUGUAUUUGUUUUUGUCUGCACUGCCAGAGUAAUUUUACCAUUUUGCUGGCAUGUUCAACAUGACCUGAAUGGUGCCCGAAAACAUAUUUACCUUGUUUAGUUAUUUUUGUGAAUAAUAGAAACCAUGCUACUUGAAAAUGUUUAGUUAGCAGAGGUUAUUUAUGACAUGUAUCAUUUUUUAGUGUGUACUUGCAGUGCCUUCUUUGACGGUUAGUUUAAUUUAGAUUCACAUGCAAAAGUUUCAUUUUGCUAACAAUUUUAUGCUACUCUUUAUUUGCACUACACCUUUCUUUUACUCGUAGGACUGUUCAGUGUGUGUGUUGUGUGCUUGCUGCAUAGAAACUGAGCGAAUGGUUAUCAUGCAGAUGGGUUACGUGUACGCUUGAUUUUUUGAAGCCAGAGUGACACUUGAAUGUAUGAUUGUACAUUCCUACUGACGUCAGUGAGAAUUUUUUUUAAUGUAGAGCAUUAAACUAUUAGCAUUCCUGC